CUAAUGAAGCGUGAAGUGCAGCGACUCGAACUAUGCAGACUUUCCGCGGUUGAUCGCGAGGUUGGAAUCCCCGCCUUGUUUGUGUUUCAAGGGACAUCGCCGUGCUCAGAUCCUUUACAUAUGUUUAUCUAGUGGUUGUGCUUUGCUGAGUUGGGCAAGCAACGUCUUCGGUGCAGCGUUGCGCCGGCUCAGUUGCCGGAAAUGCACGACCCGCAAGUUAUCAGCCUCCUGAUCUUAUUACUGGCAGCGAUACCCUUGUGGCCGGAGCUGCCGAGGGCGACAGCAGCCCGGGCACUCGUGUCGGUACUGCCUCGCUCUCUCGCGGCUGAUGAUGUUGCGAGCCGCACCCUGACCACCUACGCGACGGCGGCAACGCCCUUGGGAGAUCGCGGGCUAGAGAAUUUCGGCCUCCACCCGGUCAACUGCCCCGGUGGCAGCUUCCUCAACAGCUGGCGCCUGGUGGUCAGCAACGCCACCAGCGGCAGCAGUAGCACCGGCGAGCAGGGGCGGACCUUUCACCUCGAGUUUGCGUGCCUGCGUGUCCCCGCGGCGGCGCAAUGCUCCCGCGGCACCGACAGGUACUACAAGGCAGGCCCCGGACGGACCGCCGCCCAGUACCGCACAACCGACUUUCGGGCCCUGCUGGACUUUAAUCCGGACGUGGGCACGGUCGGCAGAGGCUACCUUCAGCCGCUGACGGGCUUUCGGGUCUUCCUGGACAGCAGCGGGCGCAUCAGUGCGGAGUGGUGGGGGUGUGAGCUGCCGGACUCCUUCACGCCGGCACGUGUGUACGCCUACCGCACAUCUCCCCGCCGCCCAGAUGCUACGACUGGCGGCGUGGCGGAGUUGGCGCUACACCCGGCGGCCUGCGAGGACAACGAAGCGAUGACGGGGUGGUUCCUGAACCAUUACACCUGGGAGAACCCCGCCACCAUCGACAUGGCCGCUCAAUGCUACACCCUCGCGCCGCCGGAGCCCAUCGCGCCCCUGGGACUGGGCUUGCCUGGUCUGUACGCCAACAGCACCAGCGGCGACUUCACACCCAUCCCUCCUUCAGUCAGCAGCAGCGGCGGCGCGGCCGCGACCGUGACUGGGUUCGUGUUUGUGACCUCGUCUGCGUCCUCAAUAGCAGCGGGGGCGCUCGUGCCCGUGUGCGCCGAAGGCGUUGGCACUGCCGCUCUGCCGCUGCAGCUGUGCGCGGGCCUGGGCUUCAGCCGGGGCUCGGUUCUAAGCUGGCGGAGGAACUGGGACGGCGGCAGCCUGCCGCCGCCAGUCGUGCUGCACAAUGUGUCAUGCAGCAGCGGAGGGGCGGCAGGCAGCGGCGGCAGUGCGGGCGUGGGGCUGCUGGCGGCUGACGCAGCUGAGGCGGCUUGCGUGGCGGUGCCAGCCUACGACGGCUACUGCUUUGAAGUGGCGCGGGUGACGUGCUCAGCGCCGCUGCCGGCGUCGCCCCCGCCGUCUCCGCCCGCUUCGCCGCCGUCCGCGCCACCCCAGCCGCCUCCUCCAACCCUGCCGUCGCCACCGCCGGCAGCAGCGCCACCCCAGCCGCCUCCUCCCCAGCCACUACUGUCACCUCUGCCGGCUUCUGGUGCUGCCCAGUCAUCGCCACCGCCGCCCUCCGGUGCGGGACCGCAGCCUUCACCCCUCCCGGUACCCCAGGGCAACGAGUCAGGCGCUCCAGCUCGCACCAACCUGACUGCUGCCAACCUGCUGACAACUUACACGACGGCGCCGACGCCACUGACAGAGCGCGGACUUGAGGACUUCGGCCUCCACCCGGUCAACUGCCCCGGUGGCAGCUUCCUCAACAGCUGGCGCCUGGUGGCCAGCAACGCCACCAGCGGCAGUAGCACCGGCGAGCAGGGGCGGACCUUUCACCUCGAGUUUGCGUGCCUGCGUGUCCCCGCGGCGGCGCAAUGCUCCCGCGGAACCGAUAGGUACUUCAAGGCAGACCCUGCCAGGAACAUUCGGUACUUGACAACCGACAUGCGGGCCCUGCUGGACUACUUCCCAGAGAUCGGAUCACUCAGCAUGGGACCGCUAACGGGUUUCCGGGUCUUCCUGGACAGCAGCAGGCGCAUCAGUGCGGAGUGGUGGCAGUGUGAGCUGCCAGACUCCUUCACGCCGGCACGCGUGUACAGCUACCGCUCAUCUGCCCGCCGCCCCAACUUAGCAACAGUAGCCAUGAGCAUCACGGAGCUGGCGCUUUACCCGGCUGCCUGCAAGAACAAUGAGGCUAUGUCGGGCUGGGAGCUAAACCUUUACGACUAUGCGAGUCCAAUUUACAUGGGCGCCAGUUGUUACACCCUCGCGCCGCCGGAGCCCCUCAUGCCCCUGGGACUGGGCUUGCCUGGUCUGUACGCCAACAGCACCAGCGGCGACUUCACGCCCAUCCCUCCCUCGGUCAGCAGGAGCGGCGGCGCGGGCGCGACCGUGACUGGGUUCGUGUUCGUGACCUCGUCUGCGUCCUCGGUAGCAGCGGGGGCGCUCGUGCCCGUGUGCGCCGAAGGCGUUGGCACUGCCGCUCUGCCGCUGCAGCUGUGCGCGGGCCUGGGCUUCAGCCGGGGCUCGGUUCUAAGCUGGCAGAGGAAUUGGGACGGCGGUAGCCUGCCGCCGCCGGUCGUGCUGCACAACGUGUCAUGCAGCAGCGGAGGGGCGGCAGGCAGCGGCGGCAGUGCGGGCGUGGGGCUGGCGGCUGACGCAGCUGAGGCGGCUUGUGUGGCGGUGCCGGCCUACGACGGCUACUGCUUCGAAGUGGCGCGGGUGACGUGCUCAGACCCUUUUCAACCGCCACCUCCGCCAUCUCCGCAGCCGCCCCCAGCGCCACCGCUACCGCCCCCGCCGCCACCUCAGCCGCCGCAGCCACCCUCCCCUCCCCCUCGCCCGCCCGCACCGGUUAUUGGCCCCCCGCCACCCCGGCUGCCUCCCAGCCCGCCGCGGCCGCCGCCGAGCCCGCGUUUGGCCCCUGGCGAGCAGCCGCCACCCGGGUAUUGUGAGUGCGCUGCGGGCGAUAACAAGUGCCCGGGGGAGGAGUGCACGCCCAAUUAUAGGUACCGUAACCGGGUCUGCAGUUACCCGACGCUGUUCUGUGGCACGGAGCGGUACAUAGACGGCUACAGCUGCCGCUUCAGCAGCUCGGAUGCGUGUGCCGAGCGGCUUGACGACUAUAGCCGCUGCACCGGCCGGUCCGAAUGCACGUGGCAGACGUCAGAGUUACCGCCGGCAACACCUGAACUCCAGUACCGACUGGUCAACGGCAAGACUCCAAACGAGGGGCGCCUAGAAGUCAGCCUGGAUGGCAAGAAGUGGGGCACGGUUUGCGAUGACGGUUUCGGCCGCACGUCGGCUGCGGUGGUGUGCCGUGCCCUGGGACUGCCGUACGCGGCGGCUGUGGCACUCAGAAAGGCGCCGUACGGGCGCGGCACCGGCUCCUAUCUUCUAGAUGACGUUGCGUGUCGGGGCGACGAGUCCAGCCUUCUGCAGUGCCCCUUCAGGAAGCCGUUCGGAACCUCUGACUGCGCCUUGGAUCACAUUGAGGACGUGGGCGUGGUGUGUCAGGAUGAGCCGAUCGUGCCAGGCGACAGCGAUGGUGGGGAUAAUAUUAACGGCGGCGGGCCAGGAGCGGGAGGAGGAGGGAGUGGAGGUGGCUCUCCGCGUCCCUCGCCUGCUGCCACGGCUUCGCCAUCGCCGAGUCAGCAGCCGUCACCGCCGCCUCCCGAUACUGGUCUCGCGCCGCCGCCUGCGAACAGCACUUUGGACCCGCCUCCUGCAUCUCCCCCUCCGGUGCCCCAGCUUGAACAGCCCCCACCCGUGCCCUCCGACACGGCGCCACCCGCAGUGCCGGCACCACCAGCCUUCAGUCCGCCGGCAGGCCCCUACCCGCCACCGGCAUACGGCCACUACGGCUACUACGGCGGCGGGUAUCAGUACGGCGGGUAUCCCGCGCCGCCGUACGGCUACCACCACACACCGCCGGGCUAUUACGGCUACUACGGUGACCAUUGGGGCGGCGGCUACUCCGGGCCAAGCUACGCAGCAGCGCAGCAGCCCUCGGCGUAGGCACGGUCGUGCGUGGCAAACUCCCACCCGACUGGAACUGGAGCCUGCUUAGCUUUGCACACGAACUUGGCAUGGGCCAAUUCGAGCUAUCCUGCCUAUUCUGCCUAGUAACAUUCUUUAGUCGUAAUACCGUCGUAAGUAGCAGCGCUCGUCACAUGACCUAUGUUAUCAGGAUGGAAUGUUGAAUGUAAUGUCCACCGUAUCAAUGAAACGCCAUCUGCUCGACACGUCUCGCACGGUCUCCCAACUUUCCCCAUGAUGUGUUCGUGUGUGUGAAUGGUUUCCGUGAUGCAUGGCAUUCUAGCGGUGCUUCCAGCUCAAGAUGCAGGUAGAUGCAGGAGGCUAGACGCCAGGACCAGGAGUGCUACAGCUAGCUCUGUCCUCUACCGUACUCUGUGUGGAUGUGUUAAACCAUGCUGUACACGUGAUGUGGCUGGCUCCGCCGCCGCGUGCAUCUAUCAGCGGUGCAUAUGCCUUACCUUUCCAAGAAGAGUGUAGGAGUCUGAUUGCAGUCCAUUGAUGCGUACCGUACCUGGUGGAUAUGGCAGAUUGAUGGGUGCAGUUUGUUGCUCCCGAUGUCUGGGGGUUUCCUAAGCCAGCAAGUCCACAUGUCCGGUUGUUAUAGGGACACACAGCUUCCUUCCCUAUGCCCACCUACGUGGAUCCCGCUUGUUGCGGAAGACCUAGCUAUGACCAAAGUUCCAUAUGUCGUUAUUAUAAGGGUUGGUUAUUCUUGUGGAAUGAUGUGAUGGGGCCUGAUGCAAACAGGUGGCUGGGCCGCAAGCAAGGCCGCAAGUGUACCGUACUGUCAUAAUUUCAUUAGCAGUUGACCGGGCCCAGUGUGGCGCGGGCGUGUGAACUUGUGCGUGGACGAAGGGUAAGAACGCCUGAGAACGCGCAUGCGUGUGUGCGCCGGACUCCCGCCUCGUGGAAUAGCUGAGGAAGCGCAACAAGUUGUGUAACAGAGCACAAGG